AUGGUGUGGCUCCUAGAUCAAGAGUAUGACAGGGAACACCGGGCUUUUCAUAUGACGGAGAGGACAACGGAUCUUCACCCUUUGAAGAUUCGUUACCAUGGCACAGUGGAUAUACCGUAUGACGAGAGGUAUACGGAGCACAUCGAGCCUACCGGUCUUCUCCCGUUCAUAUCGCUUGUAAGCCGUGGGGGGCCGAAUAUGAACGCCGUGACACUCACCGCCCUUGUCGACCGGUGGAGGCCGGAGACGCACACCUUCCACUUGAGAGCCGGCGAGAUGACCCCUACUCUCCAGGAUGUUUCCAUGAUCCUUGGACUUCCUAUUCAGGGCGAGCCACUGUGUAUGAACACAGCUUCUGAUGGGUGGCGCCAGCAGAUGGAGGCGCUUAUUGGCAUGGCUCCUCCGGCGCAAGCAAAUCCAAAGGAGAGAGCUCCCGCCGGCGCAGCUUUCUCUUGGAUCAGGCUUAACUUUGCACAAUGCCCUGAAGGGGCCAACGAGGACACUAUCAGGACGUACACCCGCGUGUACUUAUGGUACAUGAUUUCGAGGACUCUCUUUCCUGACAGUGGGGAGAAGCUGGCCCAUUGGUGUUGGCUGAAGGCGCUUACGGUGUUGGAGCACCGGUGGAGUUGGGGAACAGCGGCACUUGCCUAUCUCUACCGGCAGGUGAUGAUUUGUUCUAUGUACUAUUUUUUUAUAGUAGUGUGCUAGACAAAGUACUAACCAAAUGUCUUAUGUACGCAGUUGGACGAAUCUUGUCGCAGGACUGGGAGCGGCGGUAUUGGUGGAUGUUUGCUCCUACUUUCCGUAUGGAGCUGGGACCGCCUAUCAGUUGGGCGGCCUAGGACACUCACCGAUAGGCCAUGGCCUCAUCACCAUGAGAACCUUGAUCGGGAGC